AUGGCUGCCAUUAGGUUUUCUAUUUCGAAAUCAGUCUGUUCGUCCAUUAAACCCUCUUUGAGAAUCGCAAAGUACAAAGAUGCGAUUGACGUUAGACCAUCAUUUACUUUACUAAACCCUAACAACUAUAGAAAAGAAUCCGGGGGCACUGGGAAUUACUUGAAGAGUGGUUUUGGAAUGAGAGGUUUGGAAUCACUUUCUGGUUAUCAAUAUAAUAGGACCAAUUUCGUUGGUUCCUUUUCGCCCACACCGUCGAAUCUGCAUUUGGGAAGCAAUGUUUCUCCUGCUGCAAUCAGCCCCGUGCUGAAUUGCCGGUUGUAUUCAUCGUUCUUUGGUGGAAAAGGGGAUAAAGCCAGGGACACGGAAGUUUCAGCUGUUUUGGGUGGAGGUGAGCCUGCUGUUGGUGAAAGUGGGAGUGGUGGUAGUGAUAUGGUUGAUAUGGCUAAGGAUACUUGGAUGUCGACUGUAGAGGCUAUCACUUAUGUAGGGGAGAGGGCUAAAGAAGCCUCUAAUGAAGUAACUCCUCGUGUUCAACAGGUGCUUGAAUCACAUCCCUAUCUUAGAGAUGUCAUUGUUCCGGUUAGUGGUACUUUGACCGGUACUGUGUUAGCUUGGGUGGUUUUGCCGAGGAUAUUAAGGAGGUUACAUAAGUACUCGACGCAAGGCCCUGCUGCAUUACUAUCUGGAACCAUGUUAUGGGGCCCAGUUCCUUACGAGAAGAGCCUUUGGGGUGCUCUUGAGGAUCCACUGCGAUAUCUUAUCACCUUCAUGGCAUUUUCCCAAAUAGCGGUGAUGGUUGCGCCUACAACUGUUGCGUCACAAUACAUUGGACCAGUUUGGAGGGGAGCUGUUAUUGUUUCUUUUGUUUGGUUUUUGCAUCGGUGGAAAUCAAAUGUAAUUGCACGGGCUUUGGAAGCGAGGAACAUAGAGAUUGAUCGAGCAAAGUUGUUAACCUUGGACAAAGUAUCAUCAGUUGGUCUCUUUGUGCUUGGAGCAAUGGCUUUAGCUGAGGCUUGUGGGGUGGCUGUGCAAUCUAUUUUGACUGUCGGUGGCAUAGGAGGGGUGGCUACUGCUUUUGCUGCUAGAGACAUUCUUGGGAAUAUUCUUAGUGGAUUGUCUCUGCAGAUUUCACAACCUUUUUCAAUUGGAGAUACGAUAAAAGCUGGAUCUGUUGAAGGUCAAGUUGUGGAAAUGGGACUUACGACAACAUCAUUACUAAGUGGGGAGAAAUUUCCGACCAUGGUUCCAAAUUCAAUGUUCUCGAGUCAGGUAAUUGUAAAUAAAUCAAGGGCCCACUGGCGUGCCAUGAUCACCAGAAUUCCUUUCCAAACUGAGGAUGUCGAGAAGGUUCCCCUGAUAUCAGAGGGUAUAAAGGCCAUGCUUAGAUCAAAUCCAAAAGUGUUUUUGGAGAAGGAGCCCCCAUACUGUUUCCUCUCUCGGAUAGAACGAUCGUUUGCUGAACUGACUCUGGGAUGCAAUCUGAAACAAAUGAGCAAAGACGAAUUGUUUUCGACAGAGCAAGAUAUUCUUUUGCAGUCAGUCGAGAUAAUCAAGCAGCAUGGUGCUAGACUGGGUAGCACAAUGGACAUGACCAGUCAGUGAUACAAUGGACAUGACCAGUUAGUGAUACACUGGAUGUACAAAUAAAAACGAAUCCAGAAUUCCUAGUUUUGUACUUACUGCAAUUUGACGUGUUGAUAGAUUGAGGAUAUGAGUUUCACAGUCCUGAAGUUUCGGUGAUCGCAGUUAAUUUUGCCCUUUUCCAAACAUUUCAGUGCAUGAGUUGAUUUUCUCAA